UGGCCGAAGCCGCGGCGGCUGCCAGUUGGCUGCAGCCCGCGCUCCCGCUAGGACCGCGUCCCGCCGCUGCUCCCGACUCUGCGACCAAUCGUGCUCAUAAAUGAUAUCGAAAAGUUUUGGAUCCACAUAACACGGCGACUACUUCGCGGUCAAGAUGAUGUCCGCGGUAUCAACAACUGGUGUAACCAAAAUUCUUAUUUUAUUGUACACUUUGGGACCAUGUUUUGCUCAGUCGUAUUUGGAAAGUACUUUAACAACUGAAGAGUUAUCAACGAACUUGGGAGAAGCGGAGCCUCGUGACAACGGCCUGGACCUGGAGUUCAGGUACCAUGACCACGACCAGCUGACGCGCUACCUGCGCGCGGUGUCCGCCAAGUACCCCGCGCUCACGGCCCUCUACUCCAUUGGGAAAUCUGUACAAGGUCGCGACCUGUGGGUGAUGGUGGUCUCCGCGUCUCCAUACGAGCAUAUGAUCGGCAAGCCCGACGUCAAGUACGUGGCCAAUAUCCACGGCAACGAGGCUGUGGGCAGAGAGUUGCUGCUCCAUCUGAUUCAGCACCUAGUAACAUCUUACGACACCGACGCGUACGUGAAAUGGUUGUUGGACAACACCAGGAUCCACCUGAUGCCCUCCAUGAACCCGGACGGUUACGCCAUCUCCAAAGAGGGACAAUGUGACACCAUACACGGCAGGCACAACGCUCGUCGCUACGACCUGAACCGCAACUUCCCGGACUACUUCAAGGCGAACACGAAGCAACCGCAGCCGGAGACCGAGGCCGUGAAGGAGUGGAUCAGCAAGAUCCAGUUCGUGGUGUCAGGCUCGCUGCACGGUGGCGCGCUUGUCGCCUCCUAUCCCUUCGAUAACACGCCCAAUGCUAGAUUAUGCAGAUCCUCAGUAUUAUGCUCGGUGUUCCAAAGCUACGCGCACUCGCCGUCCAUCGCGCCCGACGACGACGUGCUGCGGCACCUGGCGCUGGUGUACUCGCGCAACCACGCCAAGAUGGCGCGCGGCGUCUCCUGCAAGUCCGGCUCGCCGCGCUUCGAGAACGGCAUCACCAAUGGCGCCGCUUGGUACCCUCUAACAGGAGGCAUGCAGGACUACAACUACCUGUGGCACGGCUGCAUGGAGAUCACGCUGGAGAUCUCCUGCUGCAAGUACCCGCCAGCCCAUGAGCUUCACAAGUACUGGCUCGACAACAGAGAGUCGCUGAUCAAGUUCCUGGCGGAGGCUCACCGCGGCGCGCACGGCUUCGUGACGGACGAGAGCGGCAACCCGGUGGAGCGCGCGUCCAUCCGCGUCAAGGGCCGCGACGUCGCCUACCACACCACCAAGUACGGCGAGUUCUGGAGGAUACUGCUGCCCGGGACCUACCGGCUCGAUGUCGCAGCCGACGGCUACCUGCCACAGGAGGUGGAGUUCAUCGUGGUGGACAGCCACCCCACGCUCCUGAACGUUACCUUACAUUCCGCUAAGGGCUUCGAGGCGAGCAAGCCGCAGCGCAAGCCGGGCCGCGGAGCCGCGCGCGUCACCACCGUCGCUGCUGUCACCACCACCACCAACCGCUCCACCGGUUUCGCUUUCCCCGAAGAUUAAACCCGUAUCGACGGUGGGCCCUACUACCGGCCGGUGUCGCUGCCGCCGCGCCCGCCGCCCGCGCCCGCCGGCUCCGGCAUCUUCGCAUCUCUCACCAACUCUUUUAACAGCUUCGUAUCGAAUAUCUUUGGAUAACUCUCUAUUUAUGACGCACGACUUGUAAAUCUCGACAGCGGUUUUCAUUUUUAAAAACUUUCUAUACUUACCCGCUAGGUUUGUACUCGUCCAUUUGACGAAAGAACCAUACUGAUUUCUAAAUGAAUCAAUAAAUCGUAUUGCAUCGCUAUUAUCAGACAGUCGUGCACCACAUAUUGUUAUUUUUGCACACGUGUGCGAAGA